AUGGGUAUUUCAAUUGAACGUUAUCAAGCGAUUGUAUAUCCAUUGAAAUUCAGCGGUACGAAACAACGUGCGAGAAUUUUCAUCCUAUCCAUUUGGAUACUUUCCAUUAUACUUGUUCUUCCAGACGCGAUUAUGAUGACACUUAGUCGGCAAUUUGGCGAUAGAAUAUCAACGAUCUAUUUAACAUACUGUCAAUGGGAUGCACAUCCGUUGUUUGAUCUUGUUUAUCAAUUACACAUUUCAUUGUGUUUGUUUAUUAUUCCUCUGUGUUUGAUGGUUUAUACGUACACAGGUAUAGCACGUGUCCUUUGGGGUUCAUUGCCGAGCGAACAGACAAAUAUCGAUGGUAGACGAAAUAGAAAUUCAAGUAUCGUGUCACAUGCAGAUGAAGUGAAUAAUAAUCUGAUGAGUAAUUCAACGAAAUCAUCGAAUGUGAUCAUUCAAGAAACCCGACAGAAAGCGGCAAAGAUGCUUAUAUCAGUGGUCAUCAUUUUUACGAUUUGCUAUAUUCCAGUUCAUGUUUUUAAUCUUUUCAGAUAUAUUUAUACUUAUAUCGCUUAUGUGGAACAAGUGGAAACAGGCGAGACUCUAGACGAAUGUGUUGAACAAAGAGUUGUUAAUCUCGAACGAACUGGCACGACUAAAAUCGUCACGAUCAGUGCAUUGAUCUCUCAUUUUUUGCCUUACUUUAAUUCAUCAAUCAAUCCAAUAAUAUACAAUAUUAUGAGUGAUAAGUUUCGUCUCAAAUUUCGUGAACUAUUUUCGUCAUGUUGUGAAAAAACAGUUGCCAAAACGAAAUUAUCAUCAAUGACAACAAUUCAUUACAAAACGUCGGGCAUUUUACAGAAUUCUCCAAAUUCCGCAACAUGUCGAUCGUCAACUAGAAUACGACACGCGCGAAAUUCUACUAAUGUAUUGAAUCUUACAAACGGGGGCGGUCAAAUACUAACCAAUACUAAUCUAAUGCGACAUACCGGAAUGAGUAUUCCCGCCCCCGAUGAAGGACCUAUAUGUUUUCGUUUAACUAAUGUUUGA